CCCCAGGCCUCGGUCCAGCCCCAGCUCGAUCUAUAAUCGAUACCUUCGGGCACUAAGUCUUUUGUUUUAGAACCAACGUAAAUACUCAUGAAAUCAUUUUUGUCCCCAAAAUCCCUCGAUAUGUCCGUCCCUUGAUAUGUCUGGCUCCCGUUAAAUUAAUUUUAUUUUUUGUUUUUUGCUUUAAUAAAAAUUUGUUUUUAAUUUUUCUGUUUAUUAAUUUGUUUACUUCAUUUAAAAUAUUUUUUUUAAAUUUUCCAUCUUGUUACAAAAUUGUUUUUAGCGCUAGAAUAUGCGUGAGUACAAAAUUGUUGUUUUAGGAAGCGGUGGUGUUGGAAAGUCUGCAUUGACUGUUCAGUUUGUUCAGGGCAUAUUUGUUGAAAAAUAUGAUCCUACAAUUGAAGAUAGCUACCGAAAACAGGUGGAAGUAGACAACCAACAAUGUAUGUUGGAAAUAUUGGACACUGCCGGAACUGAACAGUUUACAGCCAUGCGGGACCUUUAUAUGAAGAAUGGACAGGGUUUUGUACUCGUUUAUUCAAUAACUGCUCAAUCAACAUUUAAUGACUUGAUGGACCUUCGUGAUCAAAUUCUUCGAGUGAAGGAUACAAACGAUGUUCCAAUGAUACUCGUUGGCAAUAAAUGCGAUUUGGAGGAUGAACGAGUAGUUGGGAAGGAACAAGGCAUAAAUCUUGCUAGACAAUUUAACAGCGCUUUCACUGAGACUUCAGCAAAACAAAAAAUCAACGUCCACGAAGUUUUUUAUGAUUUGGUUCAACAAAUCAAUCGACGCUAUCCAGAUUCUGGUCGCCGUCCAAGCAGCAAAAAGUGUUGGAAAUGCUCUGUUCUUUGAGGAAAACUUGGGGGAAAGGUUGUUUUUGGUUGGCAUUUUU